AUGGCGUACCGCUUUUGGGUGAGCGCUAAAUCUGCCGUGCACCUGCGCAACCGCAAGAAGGUCACGUUGUUGAGAGAGAACGACGCGUUCGUGUAUCGUAAACGCGGCAAGACGGUCGACGAUCACAAGGGCCUGUACCAGGCGGAGAUCAUCCAGCAAAUGGCGAACCGGGUGUACUUCAAGAAGCGCACAGAUGACGGCAUUCUCUUGCGCGCGCAGUACUCGCCCUUCCCCGUACCUGCGCUUGCGCUCAUUCUAACUGCGGUUGAAUGUGCCAUCGAUGAAUGGACUGAUGGCAGCUGGACCAAGGUAUCGUUCACCGAAGAAGCGUACCGCGCUGCGUACGAGCAUCAUCUGGAGGAGCUAAACAUGUUCGAGACGACCUCCGGUGAUCUCAAGGUCGUCUCGCAGAUCUGCAAGCGGAUUUAUGAUGACGGACGUGUGUAUGCCAAGGCAGGCCAGGAUGAGAGUGCGAGCGCGCGUCAGCUCGAUCCGCGUGCGGUAGCCCGUGCGAUCCAUCAGUUCCAGCUUAGUGAUGAUGAGAUGUCUGAGGGUGACCCGGAGGAGGACUGA